UUUAUAGACGUCCACUGGACCAGCAGGCGAGAUGAGGUGGGGGUGGGGUCCCUGCAGCGCACAGACCAUGAUGUAACAAGGACACGGCAGUAUUUAAAGAGGUGGCUCUGUUCUCCACGGCCAUUCACUCAUUCACUUGGCUUCUGUCCCUUGGAGAGGCAUUUUAACUUCCACAAAUCAAAUAACGGAUUUGGAGUAUGAUUUUAAGGCUCAUCGCUUCUGGAAAAUAUUCUAUGGAAAAACAAGAAACCCAAUUUAUAGCUGGGACCAAGUUCAGCCAAAGGGACACCUUUAGAGAAUCCUGAUCUCUAAUGUUUCGGUCCUAACCAGCUCCAAUAAAGACUUUGGAGGAGCUUCUUGUCCUGCUCACAUUAAUAAGAGACUGUUCAAUACUUAUAUUGACUGAAAUAAUUCUGGAAAAUGGUUGGAUUUGGACCGGCAGAUGUGCCUCCAUCAGCAGCUGUGAAGUUCAUCGGAGCAGGAACUGCAGGCUGCAUCGCUGACCUGCUCACCUUCCCCCUGGACACCGCCAAAGUCAGGCUACAGAUCCAAGGAGAGGUCAGAGCUUCAGCUGCAGAAGGGAAAGCAGUGAAGUUCCGUGGAGUGUUUGGCACCAUCACCACCAUGGUGCGCACCGAGGGAGCCAGGAGUCUUUACAGCGGCCUGGUGGCAGGACUCCAGAGGCAGAUGAGCUUCGCCUCAGUCCGCAUCGGCCUCUACGACUCUGUCAAACAGUUUUAUACAAAAGGCUCUGAUCAUGUUGGUAUCGGCAGUCGGCUGCUUGCAGGAUCGACCACUGGAGCCAUGGCGGUUGCUUUUGCUCAGCCAACAGAUGUGGUGAAAGUCCGUUUCCAGGCGCAGGCCAGAUCCAGCGGACACGCCAGACGCUACUGCAGCACCAUUGAUGCUUACAAGACCAUUGCUAAGGAAGAAGGCAUCCAUGGUCUGUGGAAAGGUACAGCUCCAAACAUUGCACGAAAUGCAAUAGUUAACUGCACUGAACUGGUGACGUACGACUUCAUCAAGGACACACUCCUAAAGUCCACUCCUCUAACAGACAACCUGCCCUGCCACUUUGUAUCAGCGUUCGGUGCAGGGCUGUGCACAACAGUAAUUGCCUCUCCAGUUGAUGUGGUCAAGACAAGAUAUAUGAACGCUGCUCUCGGCCGCUACAGCAGCGUUCUUAAUUGUGCUGCUGCCAUGAUGACCAAAGAGGGACCACUUGCCUUUUAUAAGGGGUUCAUGCCUUCUUUCUUGCGCCUGGGCUCCUGGAACGUGGUGAUGUUUGUGACUUACGAGCAGCUGAAGCGAGCCAUGAUGGCAGCAAACCACAGCUGCACAUCUAUACUGUAA